CAAAAUACAAAGCAGAGACUACGUGCAUUCCUUUACUUUCACUUUGCUGUUUAUAAAUACGCAGUGUCAGUCACGAGAACUGAGAAGGUAUCCAGCUGUUGGACGUAUGAGAAGACGAUCUUGUUAUUUUUAGUCAGAUAUUUGAGAACAAGUCGUAGCCGAUUUUAUUCCGCUUUGUACAAUUCUCGGACUGUAUAACCAAUUAAAUAGAUCUAGUAAGCACAAAAUCUAACUUCAGACCAACCAUGUGCUGCCAGGGUUUAUCAUACCUGCCCUUGGUGACAGUUGUCCUGGCUUUCUCUACUUUCAUUUUAACCUAUGUCUUGGCUGUUCUUGAAGGAGAUGUCAAUCCGUACUUUCCAUACAUAAGUGAUACUGGAACAAAACAGCCCGAGAGUUGUGUAUUUGGACAACUUAUAAAUAUAGCAUCAGCAAUUGCGUUUGGCACAAUCUUUGUGCGGUACAAACUGGUUCAGAGUAUGAUCCAGCCUGGUGAACUGUCGAUUUCACGCCGCAAUAAGUGCGCUUUAGUUGUGGGAGCACUUUCCUCCUUUGGUCUUAGUCUAGUUGCAAAUUUCCAGGAAACAUCAGUGGAGAUAGUCCAUCUUAUUGGGGCUGGUUCGGUGCUCUGCUUUGGGGUGAUUUACUCGUUUCUCCAAACAUCCAUAUCAUAUAAAAUGUACCCUGACUACAACGGCCGGAGGAUCUGUGCCAUUCGCCUAGUCAUCAGUGUCAUCUCACUCAUAGGUUUCAUAACAAGUUUCACAAGUGCUGCAAUUUCUAGAAAACAAGGUCAUCCUGAAAACAGGAUGAAGUGGAAACCAACAGAUGGUGGCUUUGCUGCUCAUAUAACCAGCACGAUAUCGGAGUGGGUUACAGCGUCUACCUUCCUGUGCUUCUUCUUCACUUACGUCAAGGACUUCCGCAAAAUUAAGAUGGGAAUCGUGGCGCGGGUACAGGUCAGUCACCUGGACGAAUCGUACGUGACGUAUGAUGACCUGGACGAGAAUUCACAACUCAUUGCCUGAUCCUGACUAGAUUGGAACACGGCUGGUUGAAAUUUUCAAAACUGCUUGCCAUAGAUUUUGCUAUACGGACGAAUUGUACACACAAGUGUACAUAGCCGGUAGUAUGUAUGAAUGAAGUGAAUCUGCCAUACUACAGUAAAACAUGGUUACAGCGAAUACGCUUAUGAUAAAUUCACGCUCACAGCGAAGUGAUUCUUAUUCCCCAUAGUUACAAAACCCACAUAUUAUGAAAUCAUUGGAUAUAACAAAUUACUUUUAUAGCGAAUCAAAAUUGUUUGCCCCCCCCCCCCCCCCCCCCCAGCAGUUCGCUAUAUAUGUGUUUUACUGUAUAUAGAUCUGGAAAGAAACGUCUUUCAUGACUUUCAUUGUACCGGGUUAUAUCUAACUUUAUUAUUUUAUUCUUUUGUGUAUUUUUUGUAUUUUCUUUAUAAUGUUGUAAACCAUGCAGUGUGUUUUAUCCACACUUUUGUAUUGAUAUAUACGUUAUUGUAUCUGGCAAUACGAAAUAACAUGUGAAUUGUAAAUUAUAUAUCGCAUUCAUUAAUGCUUUGCGUCCAUAUUGCGGUGAAUUGUGAUAACAAAAUGUAAUAUGAAAAUGUUUGCAACUUCUAAAUGUGGUUGAUUUUUUAAUCGACAAUUUUCAACAAGUAUAAGCGACUCUGUGUUAUAUUUCUGAAAUGAUUACAUUUCAUUUCGCAUCACUGGAUUCAUUUCAUAUCCACUCGAAAGAUAAUAAUGCAAAAUAUAAGUUUUUUAGUAGAAUAUGAAACUAUAUUUCUUUCUGAUUAUGGAGGUGUAUUUUUAUGUACCAGACAUCGAUCAUUAAGCUGAGACAGUAUCGCAGGCUAUAUUAACUUACACACUUAAUAGCAAUGGGUAAAUUUGAAAUAUUUCAAGAAAAUAAUGCUUUGGACCACUCUGUACAAUACAGUUAUCUGUGACAAUUUGCACUAUUGCAUUUCGCAUUGUUAUUACAUAGUUGGUGUUCAGUUAUGUGCAACAUUUACUGUAUCUUUUGGAUUCGUGUAUAGUUGUUUUUUAUCAUUGUAAAUAAGAUCUGUGGUAGUUGCUGCGGAACUGGUCUUUGGGCAGAUGUAAAUACAGGUAUAUGUACUGUGUCUACCUUAUUCUCACACUGAUCUGAAAUGUAGCGGUCACAAACAGAAAGUCUUGCAUACCUGAAUAUUGAAUGUACAAUCUGACUUACUGAUGCAUAAUAAAGGAGGGGCAAUAAAACCCACGUUUUAGUGUGCAAGAUUUUUCCCAGAUUCCACCUCCCUGCACGUGUUUAUACAGUGGCGGGUUUAGAGGGGGCCCACUCCCUUUUUUCUCCACAAAUAUUUAAGGCAUUAUUGGAAUAUACAUGUAUAGAUGAUUAAGGUUGAAAGCAUUCAAACCCUACAUAUUCACUUAUGGUGCCCCCUUAGAAAUCCUGGAUCCACCACUUUAUAUGUUUGUUUUUGGUAUAGAUAUGUGUGCAUUUUAAUUAUUUAUCCGAAGGUCAUGGAAAUGUUUAGUUUAUAUAUUGUCGUCAACAUUUUGAUAAAAUUUUCAAGAUUUGCUUGUUGAUAAUUUGAGUGAAAGGGAUUCAAGUUGACGAAAUGAACGACAAUGCCUCCUUUCAAGGGGAGAUAAUUAAGAAAUAGUAGAAAUAAAGCGGAAUAUUUUAAAACGAUUUCUCAAGAACCAUUGGACCAGAUUUUUUAUUAUUUUUAAUGCAUAGGCGCUUCAUUUUAUGUAUGUAAUGGAGAUUAUAAUUUGAAAUUUAUUAAAAUUAUUAUCUCUGGAGCCAGGAUUG